CGCACCGCAUUCUCGUAGAAAGGAAGGAAAGAAAAAAUCGCCGUAUCGGGAGAAUGCGAAUCAGACGAUGCCACAUGUCGAACCCCAAAAGCCCCGUCGGCAAAGAAAAUCAGGGAAAAGUUAGGGUUUGUGCGAUUGGGAAAUCCAUGGGGAGGGGAAAAGUCUCGAUGAAGCGAAUCGAGGACAGGCACAACCGCCAUGUCACAUUCUCGAAGCGGAGAGUCGGUCUGAUGAAGAAAGCCAACGAACUCUCCGUCCUCUGCGACGUCGAAAUCGGUCUCAUCGUCUUCUCCGGCAGCGGCAACCUCUACGAGUUCUCUAGCUCCCACAGUUUAGGAAAAACAGUUGAGCGCUACAGGACAUACAAUGAAGAAUUUGCUGUCAAGACUGCUGAUAAACCAAAGAAGAGUCUUACAGACAGUAUUAGUGGAUUCCGGAGUGCUGAACUGCUUGAAGCGAUGAGUAACCUCAAUGUUGAACAGCUAACUACAAAGGAGCUCACAAAUAUUGAAGGAAAUCUGGGAGCCUUAUUAAGAGAAACAAGACUAAGAAAGACACAGCUAAUGAUGGAAACUUUAUCAGCACUUGCUGAGAAGGAAAAAGAACUUAGAGAUGAGAAGCAUUUCCUUGAAAAACAGAUUGGGGAAACGAUCGGUGGCCAAGGUGGUAGUGGUCUGAACCGCCAAAACGACCAGCGCAGAGGGCAAGAGCUGCAGCUGAUAAGCUAAACGACAAAGGAGGCGACGCCGUGCACCGACUCCUGCUGCGACUUUUCUGAGUAUACUAAGUAGUGUGUUGUUAUUCUAGGAACUGACAAUUGUCAUUUCCUACUUCACUCAAUUAAGCACACGUCAAGUGUGUAUAUACUUUGGAAUUCCAAUAGACGUAUAUAUAUAGACUAAGUCUGCUACGUAAAGCAUUAAAGGUGAAUUUGUUUAAUGAAUUAGGCACACGUGUUCACCAUUUGUUGAAUAAGAGAGGUACUGCUUUCUUGUGUUUCUUACACCGCAGAUGAUUUUCAGCAAGGUAUCGGGUGCGAUAUUUGUAUAAUAUUCAGUACGUA